UGUACAUCAAUCGGGAACCGGCUGUUUGAAAUGUAAACAUCCGGUAGUACACUUUGAACAACGAGUCAUCUGGUAGAUAUAUCAACUAACAAAUGGAGCCUUUAGGUAAUCGACAGCGAAUUCAAGCAUUGUCUGCGCACAGGGAACAGGUUGUGGAAGCCCUGAAUCAAAUCAACUUUGAUGGCGGUCACAUUCGGCGGAUGAUCGAGACGUUUGAGCAGCAAAUCCAGCUAGCGAACAGCCCUGAUGAGAUGCAGCGGCAACAGACAGACCUAUUCUGGGAGAACACGUUCGUGCGGCGGUUGCUUGACGGCACUGAGAAUGGAACAUACCUCGGCAUGGACCUCGGAGGGACGAACUUUCGGUUGGUGCGCGUGGAUCUGCGCGAUGGUGAGGCGACUACGGCCACGCGCUACUACAGCCUGGGCAAGGGGCUGCUGGUUGGACCCAGUUCGGAGUUGUUUGACUACAUCGCGGUGUGUCUCAAGUCAUUUUUAAAAGAAGAGAAGUUUGCCAAUAAAAUAUUGCCAUUAGGUUUCACGUUCUCGUUCCCCUCGCGACAGACGAGCCUUAAGCACAGCACUAUCUCCACGUGGACGAAGAGCAUCACGUGCACGGACGGCCCGGGCCUCGACUCGGCCGUGCUGCUUGAGGAGGCCAUCGCCAGGCUCGGGGUUGAGACACUGCCAGCCGGCGUAGAGGUUGUGGCCAGAAUCAGCGACACCACAGGAACCCUGCUCGCCGGAAAUCUCCUCGACAAGAACUGCAAAAUAGGGCUCAUACUGGGUACUGGAUCGAACGCGGCCUUUGUAGAGUAUACUCACAACAUCGAGAAGUGGGACGCAUGCUAUAAUGAUGAAGACCCCUCCGACGUUGUUGUUAUUAACUGCGAAUUCGGAGCGUUCGGUGAUAAUGGGUGCCUGGACUUCAUGAAGACAGAGUUCGACAAAGAACUUGACACACAUUCAAACCACCCUGGCUCAUAUACGUUCGAGAAGCACUACAGCGGCCAUUACCUAGGUGAGCUGGUGCGACUGGCGCUAAUUAAACUGGUGCGUGCAGGGUGUCUCUUUGCUGAUCAGCCGUCGGCUUUGCUGGAGGAAAGGUGGUCUUUUACAACCGCGCAUGUAACUGCAAUCGAAAGUGACUCUCAGGAGACCACGACGAAUACUAUGUCCGUCUUAGCGGAGUUCGGGAUCCCUAAUCCCACAGCUGACGAUGUUCUUCUUGUACAGGAAGUGUGCGAGCUCAUGUCAACGCGCGGCGCCUAUAUUGUGGCUACAGCUAUGGUCGUGUUGCUGAACCAUAUUAACCUACCGGAAGUGACCAUAGCAGUGGACGGCUCGUUGUACGAACAUCAUCCGAAGUACCACAACAAUAUGGUGAAACUUAUUUCCACCUGGUGUCCACAAACAAAGACGACCCUUCGCUUGGUGAAGGACGGCAGUGGUCAAGGUGGAGCCCUUGUGGCCGCCAUUAGCGAGAAGACUUUGCCUCACUAGCCCUCCAGCCUGCAUGCGGACUGGAACCUUCUCUUCAAGGAGACGUAGCGGGGUGACGGACACUCGAUCAACAUGUCAUUUUAGACUCAAUAUAUAUAUAUGUUGAUUUGAUGUUCAUUUUAUAUCAUAUAUAAGAAUCAUUAUCAGUUGCCGAUACCAGUUGUAUUUGUUGUGUUUUGCCCAAUAAACGAACAAAAUGGAAUAUGUUUAAGGGUUAACUGUAUUGACUAUAUUGAUUUGUUUUUAUUCCCCCGGAUCGAAUGAUCGGGGGUAUAUUGUUUUUGGCCUGUCUGUCAUUGUAUUUGUCUGUGUGUCCCAAAACUUCAACCAAAACGUUAACCUUGGCCAUAACUUUUGCAAUAUUGAUGAUAGCAACUUGAUAUUUGGCAUGCACGUGUAUCUCAUGAAGCUGCACAUUUUGAGACGUGACAGGUCAAGGUCAUUGCUUCAAGGUCAAAGGUAAAAACAUUAUUUCAAAGCGGCGCAUUAGGGGGCAUUGUGUUUCAGACAAAACACAUCUCUUGUUUAUUUAUUAUUUUUUUGAUUAGGGUGGGUGGGUCAUGGUAAAAGUUUUAGACCAACAAAAUAAUUGUAUGCAAUUCUGGAUUUCCCAUUCUUGUUCACUGUUAAUAUCACCUCAAAAAUAUACAGUACAUGUAUACCCGAAA